AUGGACCCGGACAGGGUAGCUGCGGAGAAAGCAUUGGUUCGAAAGAUCGAUCUUUACCUGCUCCCAACGAUAUGGAUCAUGUAUCUCCUUUCGUAUAUGGACAGAACAAACAUCGGUAACGCCAGAGUGGCUGGCAUGACCACAGAUCUGAAGAUGGACUCGAACCAGUACUCGGUAGCACUCAUCGUCUUCUUCAUUACAUACGUUUUGUUCGAAGUCCCAUCGAAUCUCCUCUUGUCGAAAACCAAGCCUUCGGUUUUCCUGCCCGUUAUCAUGACGCUUUGGGGCGUUGCGACAUGCUGCAUGUCCCUGGUCAAGACGUACGGUCAGCUCGUUGCCCUCCGGACGAUCAUCGGCAUGCUCGAGGCAGGCUUCGCGCCCGGCAUCCUCCUCAUCCUAUCAUCUUGGUACAAGAAGAACGAGCAAUCCAAGCGUUUCGCCGUAUACAUCUCCGCUGCGGUCUUGUCAGGUGCGUUCGGAGGGAUCAUCGCUGGUGCGAUUACUGGUGGCCUUGAAGGCGCCCACGGACUAAGGGGCUGGCGAUGGCUAUUCAUUGUCGAGGGUGCUGCCACCGUAGGAUGGGCCAUCAUCUCAGCGUUCAUACUUCCAGACUUUCCAGCAAACAGCAAGAAAUUUACAGAGCGCGAACGCGAGCUCGCCAUCUCCCGCCUGGAGGCCGAUGAUGUUCACGGCAGGACCGAAGACAGCCCUCACCUCACCUCGCUGCAAGCGCUUGGCCAGUCCGUCCGCAACUGGCGCACCUGGCUAUUCGUUGCUGGCUAUAUGGUCAUCGUCGGCUCCUCCACGCUCUCGUACUUCUACCCUACCCUUGUUAAGGGUCUCGGUUACACCUCGCACAUGGCGCAGUACAUGGUCGUGCCGAUCUACGCCGUGGCCUUCGUUUGCGUCGCCGUAACCGGAUACUUCAGUGACAUGUUCCCACGACAGCGCGGCGCAAUUAUCGCAGCCUGGCUCACUCUGUCGAUGAUCUGCUCUAUCGUGAUCUGCGUCGUUUACAACUUCAAGGCUCGCUAUGUGCUGCUAGUGUUCAUGGCAGCCGGCUUGUGGUCGAGCAACGGUCUGGCUCUGUCGUACGCGGCCUCUACAUUCGGUUCGAUGCCUCAAGAGACUCGUGCCGUCUCUCUCGCGCUGGUCAAUGCGCUGGGCAAUCUGGCACAGAUCUAUGGUGCCUAUUUGUUCCCUACCAAAGAUGCACCGAAGUAUCUGCUUGGCUUUGGCGUUAUCUCUGGCAUGUGCGCAUUCGGCAUCAUCAUGUACAUCGCUGCGCACAUCCUUCUGCGCAAGUACAUCAAGGCAUGA